AUGCCAGAGUAUGAACUAUUGACAGAGUGUGAACUAUUGCCAGAGUAUGAACUAUUGACAGAGUGUGAACUAUUGCCAGAGUAUGAACUAUUGACAGAGUGUGAACUAAUGCCAGAGUGUGAACUAUUGCCCGAGUGUGAACUAAUGCCCGAGUGUGAACUAAUGCCAGAGUGUGAACUAUUGCCCGAGUGUGAACUAAUGCCAGAGUGUGAAUGUGAACUAAUGCCCGAGUGUGAACUAAUGCCCGAGUGUGAACUAUUGCCAGAGUGUGAACUAAUGCCAGAGUGUGAACUAUUGCCCGAGUGUGAAGUAAUGCCCGAGUGUGAACUAUUGCCCGAGUGUGAACUAAUGCCCGAGUGUGAACUAAUGCCAGUGUGA